AUGUUAGAAGCGUUUUAUGCUUCGGCAGCGGGUAAAAUACCUUUCAAUUAUCUGUUAAAAAUUAUAGGAAAUCAAAAUAAUUCGUCAGGCACUCGGAAUGGAGUUCUUGAUUCAUUCCUACUGUCUUCAUUAAAGAAAAACGGAGUCGAACUUCCUUCGCCCGCUAUCAUCGCACAGCAAGGCUAUCCGUACGAAGAGCAUUUCGUUACCACCCGGGACGGAUAUGUCCUGGCGGUUCACCGCAUUUCCGGACCACGAGGAACCAAGUCCGGCAACGCAAAUCCAAGGAGGAAAUCCGUGCUUCUGAUGCAUGGUAUUCUUAUGUCUUCGACUAUGUUUCUCGCUUUGGGCCCAGAGUACAGCUUGGGUUACAUCUUGGCCGAUGCAGGCUACGAUGUGUGGCUUGGUAAUUUUCGAGGCAACACUUACAGCCGCAACCACACAAGUCUUAAUCCAGACUCUGAUAAAAACUUCUGGCACUUCAGUCGGGAUGAAAUGAGUGAAUAUGACGUGCCAGCAAUGGUUGACCUCAUCAUCACACAGACAGGUCAUAAACAAGUGAUCUUUAUCGGCUAUUCACAAGGUGGAACGACUGGUUUAAUGACAGCCACCAACAGAACGGUAGCUGAAAAGAUUGAGCUUAUCGUCAGUCUCGGCAGUGUUGGAUUCUAUUCGUUGCAAAUCAAGAUUUUGUCGCAACUUUGGAGACUACUGGAGAAAAUUGGCAUUUAUGAAGUACUUCCCCGCAAUCUUGCCCUCAUUUACGUUGUAUCUACGUUUUGCAAAAGAGGAUCUCCUGGGCAGAGCAUUUGCAAUAAUAUUCUUGCCUUUGCUACCGAGGAAAGAAUUUUCGUCGGCGACGAGGAAACAAUGCCCGUUAUCCUCGCGAACUUCUUCGAGGGUUCAUCCGCCAGGACGGUUUCUCACGCAUUACAACCAGCAGACAUUGAGUUCCGUAAGUUUGACUUCGGGGAGGCGGAGAACCGGCGUCGCUACGGCCAUGUCACGCCCCCGGCGUACAACGUAUCCAGGAUACCUUGCCCCGUGGCGCUCUUCUGGGCAGAAAAUGACCCUACCACAAAGACCAAGGACGUCCGGAGACUUGAGGAAACCGUACCAAACUUCAAAAGGAGUUACCGCGUCAACAGCGAGUCUUUCGAUCAUGCGGACUUUAUUUUCUCUAAGAAAGCUAAGACUCUAGUUUACCAAGAUAUCGUUGAGCUCCUAAAGCAAUACUGAAGCUUGAUUUUUCAAAUGAAACCCUGGAAUUUUGUGGUUAAAUUUCCCUAAAUAAUUUUUUUCGUUAGUUUAUUGCACUUUUAAUAGUGGGAUUUACAAUUUCUGAAGGUAUAACUUUAUUCGACUCAAUAGUUGCACGGCUCAAUUUUCCGGUAAUACGUGGUAAUUUUUCAAAGCAGAUUUUUAGAUAUAAUGAAAACGUAUAGGCGUUUUGUUUUGUAAUUAAGUACCGUAUCAAAAUUUCUUUCUUCAGAGGUGAACAAAUUAGGGUGAAGAUU